AUGAUAGAAAACAUGCCACUCUGAGGAACACAAUGGCCGCAGCUGUGCCAGAGGAACAACUUGACCCCAGAAUACAGGUGAGGGCGUCCUGCUGGCUAUAAAUGAAUGACCAGUCUACUAAUUGCCCUUAAAUAAGCCACAGAUUUAAAGGUUGAGCUUGAGAAGUUGAACACUGCCACAGAUGACAUCAAUAAGUUGGAAUCCAAGCUUGAGGAAACAAACAAUGCAUUCAGCUCAACCUUUGCUGAGUCCACUGCCCGUCUUAAAAGUAUGGGAAAGAAACUGGGGAGCUGCAUUGAGAAGGCUCGCCCCUACUAUGAAGCCCAAGAGCUGGCCCGAACCUCCCAGCUAGAGUGUCAGCGUGCAGCAGUGCAGUACCAAAGGGCCAAUGCUCUUCAUCAAGCAGCCAAGGAGACCAUAGCUUUGGCUGAAGAGAGAUUUGUGAACAGUCGUCAUGAAAACUGGCAGUUUGACUCAGCUUGGCAGGAAAUGCUAAACCAUGCCACCAUGAAAGUGAUGGAAGCAGAGGCCCAGAAGGCUGCUAGUGAGCGGGAACACAUGCGCCGUGCAGCACUGUUCCAGCAGGCAGAGCAGCGGGUGCAACAGCUCCAGCGUGGCCUCAAGUCCUCCAUCAACAAGUCGCUGGCAUAUUUUGAAGAGAAGAGUCGGGUUGAGGCACAGCUAGAGAGCCAGAAGGAACGAGCACAGCAGCUUCAGUUGGCCAUCGCCGCCUCUAAGGCUUCCUAUGCCCAGUCUCUGCGCCGCCUGGAACAGAUAUCAGAACAGAUCCACGAGCAGCGGCGGUGUCAGAUGCCGAGGGAGCCAGGGGUGGGAGCCGAGCUGAACUCCCCGCCUGCUGGAGAAGAUCACCAGUACAACAGUGACAAGUUUUAUGCACAGCAGGGAGAUUUAACCCAGGAGGAAAAGUACUGGGAAUCCUUAAGAGAGAAGCUGGAAAAGUUAGAGGUGGAGAAAAGUGAUGACAAGUGCCAGACAACAGAUGCAGGAAAACAGGAAAGUCGUGAGAGGAGCGUGACAGGGAGCAGUGAGACUCCAAUCUGCAAUGGGGAGAGGUUUGUGAGUGGGCAGAGCAGCAGCCAGGGGUCCAAGAGUGAUGGAGAGAGUUCCUGCGAUAGCAUGGCAGACUUGCUGGAUGAUGCUGUACCAGAGAGGAAUCUGCCAUCCACUUGUACACCUGCCUUGGAUGAAGAGAACUCACAGGAUAAACUUAGCAAGGGACGAAUAACUCCUGUAGGAACCUGUGAGAGAGUUAUUGGAGAUGAAUUAAAAAGCAUCAGUACAGUUGAAGAUGUUCAUUCUGUUCCAGUAAGUAUUACUAAUGAAAUGCCUGUACAGAUUGUAGAAAAUAUUACAACUCAACCAAUUAUAAGUGACACCAAUGAACUAAACACGUCACAAAAAUGUACUGAGUUGGUCUUAGAUGAAAUGAGAAUUACUGAAUUGGAUGUAGAGGGAGUAUAUAAAAGAAAUCUCUGUGAUGAGGAUGCAAAGGAGGAAGGUGAUGGCUCCUCGUCCCCUCCACCAACCCCAUGUCAGCCCAGCAGAGGUCUAACUGUUAUUGUUGAAGAACUGGAGCACUGUGCCCUGCCUGAAUAAUUGCUGGUAUGAUAGACCAAACACAGAGCAGUUUUAAAUCAUGUCACAUGUGGAAGUAAUGGACAUCAAGGGUAAUGAAAGUACAGUCAUACCUCGUGAUUCAAAUGUCUUUCAAUUCAAACAACUCCCAAUUCAAGCAGGGCUGGCGAACAAAUUUUGUCCUCUCUCUCUCUCUCUCUCUCUCUCUCUCUCUCUCUCUCUCUCUCUCUCUCUCUCUCUCUCUCUCUCUCUCUCUCUCUCUCUCUCUCUCUCUCUCUCUCUCUCUCUCUCUCUCUCUCUCUCCCUCCCUCCCUCCCUCCCUCCCUCCCUCCCUCCCAUUAUUCCUUUCCUCUUCCUUCCUCUUUAGCCUGGUCUCAAACCUCUUCCUGUCACCUCCCCUCCCCCUUAUCUGUCAGAGAUAAGGGACAAUGGAAUGGUGCCUCCCUCUCUCUUUCCCCAUCAUUAAUUCUGUGUCAUUUUCUUGUUAUUUUUGCUUCAUCCUAUCAAAUUCUUUCUUACUCUUUUAUAAUUCCAUUUUCAUUAUCUCUCACUCAUUUUAUUUAGCAAUUCUCAGGAUUGUUCUUACUUUCAGAGAGAGAGAGAGAGAGAGAGAGAGAGAGAGAGAGAGAAAGGAAGGAAGGAAGGAUGGAGGGAAGGAAGGAGGAGGAGGGCAGGGAAUGGAGAGAGAGAGAGAGAGAGAGAGAGAGAGAGAGAGAGAGAGAGAGAGAGAGAGAGAGAGAGAGAGAGAGAGAGAGAGAGAGAGAGAGAGAGAGAGAGAGAGAGAGAGAGAGAGAGAGAGAGAGAGAGAGAGAGAGAGAGAGAGAGAGAGAGAGAGAGAGAGAGAGAGAGAGAGAGAGAGAGAGAGAGAGAGAGAGAGAGAGAGAGAGAGAGAGAGAGAGAGAGAGAGAGAGAGAAUUUUAAUGUAAAAUAAAAAUUGUGUACACUACAACAACUGUUUUCAAUAUUGAAGAUGGCAGGAACUUUUGAUGACUCAACAUUUUGAGUUUGGUGUUUAUUAACAAUGGUAUUUUUGCAUAAAAUUUUAAGGUCAUUGUUUUUGUAUCUGACAUGUAGGACAACCCAUUUUUUUUGUCUUUUAAGAUGAUUCAAGUGCCGUCUAAUGUGCCAAAAUAUACGGUACUUCAUAUUUUCUUUUACUUUAUUUUUUUCUAUAAUUUAGGUUAUUUUCAUUCAAUUUUAUGUUUAUGGCACAACAUAAAUCCAUAAAAAAAAAAAAAAUGGGGGUCUUGGGACCUGGAAAAGAUUAAUUUUUUUUACUUUAAUUUGAAUGGGAUAAAUUGCUUCCUAGUUUGAGCACUUCCAAUUCAAACAGCCCUAAAGAACCAAUUAAAUUUGAAUCACGAGAUACCACUGUAUAUAUUUCUUGAACAUUUGGUAAUUUUAAUGUAAGUGGAGUAUGUAACAUUGAGAUGAAAUGAUGAUAAAGAAAACUGGACAAGAAUGGAUGGGGAAGAUGGUUCAGAGAAUUUAAGUGUAAGGAGUAACUGAAGGAGGAAGAGGAGAAGGAUGCUAAGGCUAAGGCUGAAAUAUACAAGGGUAAGGAAAGUGAAGACUUCUGCUGUGUCUGAUCACUCCUCUAAGCAAGUUUCACAGUAGUGGAGCAGAAUAGAUACAUGGAUAGUGAACAGUGUUUCAGAAAGUAAAUCCUCAAUUUUAUUCCAGUUGGAUCAAAGUUUGUACAAUAUUACACUUAUCAGAACCCAAAAUUUCUAUAUUUUGGUAGAUGUUCUUGGAAUACUGGUUACAUCUACCAAUCAGUUCAUAGAAGUUAAUCUUAUUGUUUUUAUUUUCUUUAAUAUAUUGUUGUUGGUUGUAGAAUUAGUAACAUUCCUUCAAUGUAUUCAUUACUCAGUACAACAUAAGUUACCCAGUGUUUUCAGUGAAUUUUGAAAGAGGUGUUGUGAAUACUGUUGCUUUAUGCUUACAUGUAUUGAACUGUUUACUACAGCUGGAUUGAACAUUGGUUGUGAUGCAUGCAAUUAGUGCCAAAUAAUUUAUUGGUUCGGAAGUAAUGAGUAUAGGUUGUCAAAAGAGGCAUGCAUGACACUAAUGGCACUUUUUUUUUGCAUUCAUAUGUAAUCAUCAAUCUCAGGAAUCAUAGUAUGGCUUGCACACAGCAUUCCAUCACUAUAUUAGGGAUCACCACCAAAAAAUUGUUGACGACAGCUUUCUUGUUUUAUGUUUCAAGAAGAUGCAUACAAGAUCCUCAGUUUGCCACACAGUUUUUUAUGAAAGCAUGAAAUUGCCAUGCAAAUAUGUCAUGCUCCCCUUGGGCAUUUCAUAGAAAUACUGAGAAAUUGAUCUGAAAUAAUAAUCAAUGGAAGUCCUUGCCAGGGAUUACAAUAAGAAAUAAGAGGGCUUAGUAUUUAUGUUUACUGAAAGAAAAACCUUCUUAGAGUCUACCCAAUGUGAAUACCAGUAACCAUUCCAGUAUUCAGUGCAAAUAAGGCUGAUAAUAAAUAUAUAGACCACUGUAACCAUACACAAACAAAAUAUGACAUGUAAUUUUGAGGGUUUUCACAUGAUUAUUCAGUGUUCAUUUUCCUGACCAAUUAGAUUACCAUAUGAGUGUAAUCUCAACAUAGGGGGUCUUGUAUGUGCAUCUCAAACAGUUUGGAAGAAGUAUAUUAGUGAGUACAAUGGUGCAGAGUGAGUGUUCAUAUGGAUAAGCUAUUGGUUUAUUAAAUAUAUUGCAUUCUCUUCAGUGGAACCAAAAACAGUAUUGCUUCAGGAUAGCAUCAUUGUAUAGAUGAAUUCAGGAGCAGCAGCAGUGGUGGAUCUUCAAGAGAAUGUUCUAUAGGACCUGUAUAUUUCAGGAUAUGUGUGUCAAAUUUAUUUUUAUUCAAAAUCUUUCUGUAGUGCUAAUAUAUAUAUAUAUAUAUAUAUAUAUAUAUAUAUAUAUAUAUAUAUAUAUAUAUAUAUAUAUAUAUAUAUAUAUAUAUAUAUACACGCAUAUAAUGAUACCUUGUGCAAUAGUGGGUAAUGAAAGUAUAUACUCACAAGUGUGUGUGUGUGAAAAUGAGAAAGAUAAUAGGAAGACUCCAUUAAUGUGUGUGUGUGUGUGUGUGUGUGUGUGUGUGUGUAAGAAUGAGAAAGGUGGAGGAGUAUUAUGUUCCCUAUGUUUCAACUGCAGGUCUUCAUCAGAGAGAAUUUGGUCACUGAAGAAGACAGAUAUGAGGAUAUGAUAUAGUACUCAUGCUUUAGCCUGAGUUUCCUUAUCACAUUUUAGUGCGCUUAGCACAGCCAAGAGAACCUUUUGUAUUGCCUCAAACUAGGGCGUUCCCACAUGUAUUGUCUCAAACUGGGACAUAACCACAACUCUCAGUACAUUGAAAUACUAAAUAAUUGAUCUGAAGCUCAAGUAAAUGAGUUUUGGAAAAAAGGCACUGCAUCAGGAAUCAAACCCAGGACAUGAGCAUGAAAGGCUAGCUCAUUUCUGAUCAAGCAGUGGGAUUGUGGGGCUUCUAUGUUUGGAUCAAUACAUCUCAAAUCCCAGGCCAGCAGAAAUUAUUUGGUUGUCUUUCACCCCAUGACUUCUGCUCUCUUAGCCAAAACUAGGAACCAAACAUUAGUCAGCAUAGCAGUAGCAGAAAGCUAGAAGUCUUGCCCUCUUAUGUGGAAGUGGAAUUGGAAGGCUAAUGGUCUUGCAUUUCUGUAUGUGUGUUUGUGAAUGUGUGAGUGAGUGCUUGCUUGCUUGCUUGCUUGCUUGCUUGCUUGCUAACUACAUAUGUUUGAAACCAGAAAUGGUCUACUCCACACACUUAUGAGGAAAGCAGGCUUAAUGUCAAAAUAAAGCUGUUUAAUGUUUGAAGGUUAUUUAAAAUGUGUUUUAUUGACAAUAUGAGGAUGUGAUAAUGAAGACAGAAUUAAAUUUUUCUUUUAUUGAGAGAGAAAGAUUGUAUACUUUAUAAAAUUGUACACCAUGAGACCUUGUAUUGAUUUAAGAUAAUGUAAUGAAGGUCAUAAAUACCAUGGCAUGGUUUUAGUUGAAAGUGAUAAUAGAGGUAAUCAUAUAUUUUUGUAAUUAUUAUUUAUAGGAGGAGACUUUUUUGUUUUCCAGGUAUACAUGUAAGAAAAGAGCCUAAUACAUCUUUGAAUAGAAGUAUAUUUUCAUGUUAUAUUUUUCAGUACAAUGAAGACAAUAAAACUUGUAACUUUUUAAGCAUUAUGGCAGUGGCAGUCCAAACAUGUCUGUGCGUGCACACACACACACACACACACACACACACACACACACACACACACACACACACACACACACACACACACACACUGAUCAAGAAGAUGUAAUCAGCAAACUGUGUAUCAGUUAAAAGAUUGGAUAAAUGUAAAUAUGGAUAUGGGACCACUUGAGUGUAGCUCAGGCCCUGUAAACUACAACUAGAUAAACACACAGACACACACAACAUGAUUGGACACCUAUAAUAAUGUUGAUAAUUUUAAUAAUAUGAUGUCAAAUGGAAGUAAUUAAUGAUGUGUGUGUGUGUGUGUGUGUGUGUGUGUGUGUGUGUGUGUGUGUGUGUGUGUGUGUGUGUGUGUGUUUACUUAGAAAUAGUACAUAGGAUUUGAUAUGUAUACUUUUGUGUCUCUAUAUAUGCUCUUGUCAUUAUCAAUUCAUUCAUUCUGCAAUAGCUUUGAUAAGUUUGUAGCAUGUGAUCCUUCCAAACAUCUUUUCUUAGCAAAAGAAGUACCACCACUACUAACUUGGCAGGACCUUACCCUUCCUCUGCCCUUCUAGCUCAUAAAGAGCUAGAACUAUUCAUAGACCUUUGAAUUGGUUUCUAUUCUCCUUUCAAGAGUGACAAGACUUUUCAUGAACAAUACAGGUUAGUCAGAUCCUGUGUACUGUGUACCUGUUAAAGUUUAUGGAAUAAGUAUUUGAAAAGAAGGUCACCCAGAGGCAUCUAAUUUUGUGUGUGUGUGUGUGUGUGUGUGUGUGUGUGUGUGUGUGUGUGUGUGUGUGUGUGUGUAAAUGUAAGGUCUACAUUCUCAAACGUUUCAGGAUCUUAUCUUGACUGCUUUUAUCAGGCUCUGGUGAAAGUUGGUGGGGUUCUUAUGUGUAUUUUCAUUAUUCAAAUGAUGGUUUAACAAAGAUCCUGCCUCAUCAGUGGGAAAUACUCCCAUGAGAACCCAACUAAUCAUUACUAUGACCUUUUGAAAACAGUCCUGAUGAGGGAAACAAGCAUUUCAGAAUAUGAGCCGAAGUGACAAUCAGAUCUGGAAUUUGUUAUCUUUCUCUCAUGCCAGCCAAAUGCUUUUCUUGUUCCUAGUUCACCGAGCUACUAAGAUAGUUAACUAUUAAUUAACACAAUGAAAAUGUGCCUUACAUUCAUUGUUACUACUAAAAGAUAAAAGUAUCUACAGCAUGAGAAACAGUGGUGAUAGUAGAGUAAGCUCUGCUAUUUGUAAGUUCUUAGCAAUUAUAAUUGUUGUACUGUACAGUUAUGGUCAGUAGUCUUGUAAUUUGCUGGACUCACUCCUUCUUUGUUUUGUUUAGCUUUUCCCAUGGUCUUAAAUCUUCUGUUAUGGUUAGUCUCUGCCCUUUGUUAAGUUUUGCAAGGAGGUUGCCAGUAAAUUAGAGGAUAUAAAUGUAAGAAAAGGCACUCAAUAAAGCAGAAGUGAGUGUGACAUGCUAGCAGCCUUCUGGCCACAACUGUACCACUUUGUUGCUGCUGUAGGAGGUUGAAGAUAAUUAUAAAAAAAACUGGGCAUAUUGUUUGGGAUCAUUAUAGUUUUACAGUACCUAAUGCUGCACUGUGAAUAUCGAAGGGUAAUUAAGUAGAAUUAUUAUGAUUAGAGUGUAUGCUUUGUGUGUUCCAUUCAGCUCAUCAGCCAGUCUGUAGCUCAGCAUGGCAGUAGUGCAAGUGUUGUUACCUAGGCUCUUAGUGAACUGUAAACCCAUAAACUAGUGAUUGUAGAAGUGUAUCAGUGCAGUAUUUGCAUCUUCAUUCAUUGUUAUUGUAAUGCCCCACUCUUCCUUUACAAACAUCAUAGAAACACCAAGAAACUGAUCUUAUAAGGGUAGCCAUGAGAGGGAAUAGCUGGAGAUCAAAUCCCUGGCAGAACACUGACACAUCAGAUGUUUAGCUGAUCGGACACUUGAAACAAUGUUUCAAGUGUCAUAUUGACUACUUUUUACAGGCUGUAAUAGAAGUUGCUCAGGUUUUCAAGGGUGUUUUGAUGAUUUCAAGGGUAGUUAACUACCUAUAGUAGAACUUAUUUGGCUUUUAAAGUUUUUUUUUUUUUUUCUAGUGAUAGUUAAUUAGCCUGUAGUGGAAAUUAUCGGUCUUUUUCGAGGGUGCUUUCAGUGAUAGUUAAACAGGCUGUAAUAGAGGUUAUUGGGGUUUGCAAGUGUGCUUUCAUAUCCCAGUGAUAGCUAAAUAGGCUCAAAUAGAAGUUAUUGAGGCUGUAAAGAGUGUUUUCAUGACUCUAGUUAUAGUUUAGCAAGGAUUAUGUAUCAGUGAUAUUAAAAUGCCCAUGAGAACCCAACUAAUAAUAUUUGUUGCUUUUGAAAAAUAGUUCCAGUGAGUAUAGUUUUAGAAUAUGAGGCAAGGUGAUCACCAAGACCUGAAUGAAAUUUAAUCUGGGAUUCUGAUCAGCUGUGACUGCCCUGCCUACAUUGCUUUCCCUCCUCUCUUUCUGAGUAGUUUCUGGUGUUUCAGUUUAUUUUUUUCCAAGCAUUAUAAGAAUAUGAUUAUUGUUCUCACAAUGUGUAUUUAGAAUGUAUAAUAAUCAGUAUGGCUUAAUAUGUCUCCCGUAUUUGAGUACAAUUUUCCAGUAGGCACUGAAGAUUUUAUGUAUUUUCAUUAUUUUCUAAAUUUGUUAUUUAUUUUUUUCUUACAAAGCUAUCCACUUGCAGUUGUUAAUCAUGCAUAUUUCCAUUCCUUCAUGCCACUCUUGGUACUGAGAUCAAAGCUGUGCCUUCAUGGCCUAAUGUAAGAGUGAAUUAUUAAAUUGUUGAACUUCA